GCCGCGCAGUUUUACCUUGUUAGUGUAGAGAAUUAUUUAAAAAAUAAUCGUACAACUCUGAAAACAUGAACCUGAAAUCUACCCCCCACUCGGUGAAGCUGUGGCAGCUCCACGGGACGGACUACGAGCCGCAGAGACCCCCCAAACUGAAGGCAGAGACCCGCUUCAGCAGCUGGACCCCGCUGAACGACAAGCAGCGCAACCUGCAGUUAUUUGAGGAGCGGGUGAAUCUUGUGCUGCACUGGUUCGACCUGUGGACCGACACUCAGAGGAAACACCUACUGCACUCUCUGCUCUCUCGUGGCUCCAAGUCGCAGCUCAAGUACUGCAGAGAUCUACUCAUUGAGACGGUUCCUGUAACUCACGCAGACUUCACGGCGAUACUUCCCCGGUUUUUAUCCCUGUACGUCAUGUCCUUCCUAUCCCCUCGAGAACUUUGCAGCGCUGCUCAGGUCAGCUGGCACUGGAGGAUCCUGUCAGAGCAGGACUGUCUUUGGGCCGACCGCUGCAUCAGAAGAGGCUGGUUCCUUCCCUACACUCCUGGAGAAAAAGAGUAUGGAGCUUGGAAGAACCAUUAUGUGUCCUGCGUCUCCUGGCUCACGCCACGGGAGGCGUCCAAGCCGUACGGAACCUUAAACCAGCAGAGCCCAGGGCUGAUGGAGGAGGAAGAAGAGAGGAGUGAGGAAAGGAGGAUCAGGCAGAAAAUCAGAGAUGUGCUUCAGGUGGAGAAGAGAUUAUCCAUGAGUAGCAGGAGACCAUGGGGCUACGCAAAACCUGACGGAUCCAGAGGUGGAAGUAUGCAUGCAGGAAGGUCCAGCUCCGGGUUAACGUCCAGUUCUUGGCCUUCUCUGUGCUGGCAGUCAAAGGCAGCUCAAUCUUCCAGCAUUUGUUUCAGUGUGGACAAGAAACAAACUGUGGAAGGAGCUCAGAGCUUGGAGAGAGUGAAGACAUCCAGGGUUAACAGAACUGCAGCUGCUCACACAACCUCUAACUGUAGUCCUGCUGCUCUCUUGCUGCUCGUCUCCAACAGAAUCCCAGCAUACGAGCUGGUUCUGAGCGGUGUAAAAGCCGGAGUGAUUGUGGUCCUGUACGACUACAGAGAGACUCUCCCAACUCUGUUGAUGGAGGUGGAGAGAACCGUUUCAGGGCUGCCGGUUCAAAGAGUCGGCCUGCUAGCUCCUGGAGGAACAGAGGAAAUUCAUCUGCUUCAUGACUGUAGCCUGUCAGAGAGGACUCUACUGACACAUGAUCACAGGGAAUUCUGGGAAAAACUGUGUGCCUGGGUGACACCAACUCAGCAGGGAGGUGGAAUUGACAUCUUUUGCCCGCUGGCAGCAUCUGCAUCAGGUGUGACUCUUCUUCAAAGCCUUUCUGCUCUGACGGAUCUGCAGGUUAGAGCGCCAGCGGGUCUCGUUACUGGAAGCUUCCAGAACAUUCUCAGUGAGUGGUCUGGUGGUGACGAUGGUGCUGCACUCUUGGACCAGCACCCAACAGCUCCGGCGCUGCAGUAUAUGAGCGAUGGUGUGCUGCAGGCCUGGUGCAGACAGGCUCAGUGGAUGGAGGAGGCCCUGCAGGAGCUAAGGAGAACUCUGGAGGUGCAGCUGCAGCAGAGCAGCCUGCAGGCCAGAGGCCGAGCUCUGGGUCAUUUUCUGUGGGAGAAGCUCUGCCUCGAUAAGAUGUGUGUGUCCAGAGAACUGAGUGAGGCUCUGACAGAAGGACUCACUGCUCUCACUGAACAGGAGGAGACCAGACCACUGGAGUUUCUGUCCUCCUUCCUGCUGCAAUGGAGUGAAGAGGAAAACGAAGAAGACUCAUCUUUGGUUAAAAAGGAUUCCCUCCCAAAUACAAGUCUCUUACUGGAGCAGCCACAGAUGGCUUUAGAUUGGAGAGGUUUGGUUGCGAGAGAGCUGCACCACAGCGAGGGUCUUUACCUGAGAAGACUGAGUUCCAUCCUGAAGGUGUAUCAGGAGCCUCUGACAGCAGCUCUGAACUCCAACAGAGCCAUCCUCAGCUACGCUGACAUCGAAAUAAUCUUUAGUCAAGUUACAGUAAUACAACAGCUGAACAGUGUGUUUCAGGCAGACUUACAGACCAGGAUGCAACAAUGGGCUGCAGAUCAGUGUGUUGGAGAUGUUUUUCUGAAGCUGUGCUCCAAACUGAGCGUCUACACCAACUACCUGAACAACUACACCCUCACCCUCGGCACCAUUGAUAAGUGCAGGGAGGCGAAACCAGCAUUUCGGGCUUUUCUGAAGAGAGCAGACAGAACUCUGUCAACACACAUGCUAAGCCUUCAGGAGUUGCUGCUGUGUCCGGUGUGGAGGAUCCAGGAGUACGUGACUCUUCUUCAAGCUCUGUCUUCAAACACCCAACUUGAUCACCCUGACCACACACACCUCUGCACGGCCCUCAGCACCAUGCUGCGACUCAGACACUUCAUACAAACGAUCAGGCGAAACUUUGAGACUGACCGGCUGUUAGAGGAAACACAGCAAAUGAUACAAAACUGCCCUAGCCUCAGAGAAGGAAACAGGCAGCUGAUAAGAAGUCAGGACGCGGUGCUGCUCAGGAGCCCAGACGACCAGAUUCCAGACUCUCUACGGACCUUUGAGCAGGUUGCAGAUGUUGGACUCUUCCUGUUUAAUGACGCUUUGGUGUUGACUCGGAGAAAAGUGCACCACACUCCGUUCACGGUGUCCCACCGGAGCACACACACCUUCCUGGCUUCUGUGGCUCUCAGCAGCCUGAGCGUCAGAGAGAUAACGCACACACGCUAUGUGAGCCAUGCGUUUGUCCUGGAGGGUCCGACCCGUUCUUGGGUUUGUGCCACAGAUAGAGGCGAGGAUAGAGAGAACUUCCUGUCUGUGCUGCGCUUGACCAUAAGCUCCUCCCUCAGAGGUCAUCAGUGA